AUGCCAGAGGACGACUACACACCCGAGCCAUCGCUCGUGGCUCGUGGAGUGACAACGGUGAAUUUCUCGUCUCCCGUCCUAUUGACCGAGAACGUCGUGACUGCAAGCAGUAGCGCCAGCGCUUCGAGUUCAGGCGAGUCCUCGUCCUCCAUCGACUUUCCGAGUACAACCGCGCCGCCUCGAUGGACCGAGCCACCAAGGACGGAGCCACCGACAAUAACCACACAAGCUCCGACCCAGGUAUCUACCACUGCGCCGACCGAAACACCAGCCACAGCACCAGUAGUGCCUGCAACAGCGGCACCGGCCACGGAGCCUCCUUCUGCAAUUGAGCCUGAAAACGUGGGCAUUUCUCAGUCGAACGAGUCUGGCGCAGCAGCUCAAGGCGCAAGGCAGUCAACCACUGCAACUACCGCUCCAGUUGCGACAACGGCGAGUCCGACAUCGAGCCGCCUGAAGGACGCACGCCCCAGUACACCCGACUCAACAGAAACCAGCGCCAGUAAUGGUGAUGCCGACGACGAGGGCGAAGGCGAACUUUCAAUCGCGCACCCGACAUCAGACUCAUCGACGUUCCAGUACGUCGCUAGCGCCGAGUGCAGCAAGAACGAGGUGGACAACGUCUACACACUGUACUCCAACUGCCGCUCCGCCUUCGACUUGUGUGUGGCCGCUUCGCACUACCAGAUCUUCCCGUACCAGGGCAAACACCCGACUCAAGCUCAAAUCCAGAACAUGGCCGAGUCGGACGCCUGCAUCGCCAUGUUCGUCGUGGUGAUCGAGGCCAACUUUCCAGCGUGCACCAUCGGCGGCAUGCCGCUCGUCAGCGCCGUGGAGACGCUGCUGAAGAUCAGCGUGGACCUGGCAAAGGGUCUCGAAGACGAAGCUCCGUCCGCUGACGUCUUCAAGGAGCUUCUGACCUGGCGGUACGAGGUCGACCUCGCCAAGACUGCAGGCGUCCCGCACGACGGCAACUCGGAGCUCUACGCUGAGUUUGAAGCCAAUCUAGACGCAGCGUUGGAGAACACCACUAUCCGCGUGAACGAUGAUCUCAGUGUGGACGUUCGGCUGGCCAACGGCUCCUACGAGACGUUCGAGGACGCCAUAGACUUCAUCGUUAAGGACGCGAGUGCCGCCGAGAUGAUGCCGGGCUUCGUCAAGGCCAGCGACGCGGUCGGAUCAUCGUCUUCGUCUUCGCCAUCGUCGAGUGGAUCCAGCACCAUCUCGAAGGGAAUCGUCAUCGAGUCGUCGAAUUCAGGGGCGCCUCGCGGGUGCGCCACCUCUCUAUGGAGUCUAGUACUAGCUGUAAUCGUCUCCGUCUUCGUGCUUGGUUGA